AUGUUCGCCGACAUCAGGACAUUCUCUUCCCUAUUCUCUUCCCUUGAGAGCUGCGUCCUCCUGGUGCCCAACAAGAGCUACAACCAGGACUCUGGUACCACCUACGAGUAUUUCAACAGCUGCCCCAUUAAGCCCGCGUCUUGUCCUGCCAACGAGUACGCUCAGUCUAGCGACAACAUGUGCACCAUGAUAGGAGGAAGCAGCGUCCAAUCUUCGUGA